AACCUCUUCGCGAGCGAUUCUAAAAUCGCAGGAUACGCUAAGGCAAAUAUCUUCAGCAGGGAAAAGCGCUUGGAGAAGAAAUGGCUGACAAGCCUCCACAGAGACGAUGAUAUCUGAGCGAACGUUGCAAGGGACAUCUGGCGAAGGGCAAGGGCUUCCAGAAAGUAUCCUUGUUACCGGUAUCCAGAGCUGAAGUUGCUGGCGGAGGAAAGCUUGUGUUUGUAACGCCUUCUUUGCGGUACGCAGCAAGGCGUUUGCUUGCGGUUUUCGAGACGUUUGAGCGGUCGAAUUAUGCAAGAAGAUCCAGACCUGUCAUGACUGGCGGACUGCAGAGACAGAACACAGGGGCCGGUGGCCCCCACCAGACAUCAACGGGACGGUCAAACAGACAGACGGUAGAGAGUCCUCGUGAGGUGGGCACAGAGCAGGGAUCCAGACACUCGCAGGAAGAGCAGGGGAGAGACGGCUCAGAAACCCCAGAGUUGGGCCAGGUAGAGAAUGGCAGCAAUGAGAAACGGGCCGUGGAGCACAGAAAGGGCGGGGGCAGCGGCACUGGGAGUGGCCCCAGUGGUAUGGACACCGAGAUGGGCAACUCCAGCGGUCAGCAGGGGUGUGCCGGUUCGAGUGGGGAUGGGGAGGGGACUCAGGAGCCUGUGAUGCAGGAGAGGGUUGUGGAUGAGGUUGCUCGGACUGUGGCUAACACAGGGCUGGAGGACGGAAAGGCCAGAUUGGAUGUCGGUAGAAAUGUAGGGGAGAUGCAGGUCAGGGGGGGAGAGACUGAGCAGGAGCCAGAGAGGGGGGGCCGGGAUCGAAGGGUGCCUGCCAAGGUUUAUAUGUUGGAGUCUUCUGAUGAGGAUGAGGCAGAUGUCGACGAUGAGGAGGGGGAAGGGUUGGAUGAGGUCGAUGAUUUGGAUGGAAGUUGGCAGGCGACCCUGCCUUCAAAGCAUUUGAGGGUGCUGCUGGUUGAGGACGAUGAUUGCACGAGGCAUGUUGUGGCCGCGCUGCUGAGGAAUUGUGGCUAUGAAGUCACCCCCGCCGCGGAUGGGUUCCAGGCGUUGAAGCUGCUCUCUGACAAGAUGAAGCAGUUCGACCUUGUGCUGACUGAGGUUGUCAUGCCUGGCCUUAGCGGCAUUCAGCUGCUGUCAAGGAUCCAGCAACGUGAUCAACACAAGCGGAUGCCAGUCAUUAUGAUGUCCUCCAAAGACGCCACCGAUGUGGUCUUCAAGUGCUUCCAGCGGGGGGCCGCUGACUUCCUGGUCAAGCCUGUCAGGAAGAAUGAGCUCAAGAACCUCUGGCAGCACGUUUGGCGGCGGUGCAAAAGCUCAAGCGGCAGCGGCAGUGGCGGCUCUGGAACGAAUGCUGCAACAAAAGUGCCAAGGAAGGAGCGCGGCCGUGUGCGCGACGGUUCAGGGGAUCGCUCGGGGAGCGGGUCAGACAGCGCGGGCGGGCAGGUCAAUGUCGGGGGAAACGGUUCAGACAAUGGAAGCGGGACUCGUAAUGAGAGCAGCCCGGUUCCUGAUGAGAAGGUCUUUGCUAACGGGGAUGGGGGGGAGACGUCUCCGCCUCUGGAAGAGAAAGCUCUUGAGGUGCAGAGGGAAGAGACGCCAGAGCGGCGGGUAGAGAAUCUGCUGCAGACGGUGGGGGGGAAGGACGGGUCCAGGAGGGAGGAGGUUUCCAGGGGCCAGCCGAUGCGGGAGAGGGGGGGUGACGCGGGGGUUGGUAGCACGAGGCGGCCUGAGGAGGAAGAAGGCAGUCCCUCCAGAAGUUCAGAGAAGGCUGCCGAUUUGAUUGGUAAUUUUGUAGAAGAGAAGGCGGUUGAGAUUACAUCUCCCAGGGGGGGCGAAGGGUGUCAGCCGGCAGGGGCAGAGAGAGGGGGGGUUUUCAGCGAGGACGGGGAAGGAAGGGGUCCGAUGCCGGGUUUGGAGCUUUCUCUCAAGAGGGGGCGGCCGGCAGGGGACAGCUCAGAGGAGGCACAGCCCCCCUCAAAGCAGCAGAUGCGUACGCUUCGCCAAUCUGGGGGGUCUGCAUUUUCCCGGUACUCAAUGGGGGGGGCAAUGACCAAUUCUUCACGGCAGAGCCAGAACCAGCCGCCGCAGUCGCAGCACGUUGGGGGUUACUCCUCAGGGCCGAUUGGACCCCCCCACAAUGGAGGCUCGGCGAUGGGUUCCUUCAUGCCCCCGGAGUUCCAAAUGCCGUCCGCUUUUCAAAUGCCGACGCACCUUCUCCCCCCUGAUUUCAGCAACCCCCGCACUGUCGAAGCCGGCCCCGAGAUGCAAGGUCCUUCGAGACUGGGAAGCGGCGAAGUAUCAAGCGCUGCAAAGCGUCAGACCGGCGGUUGGGGGGCAGAGCCAGCUGGGCCAGCACCCCCCCAGAUGAAAGAAGAGUACUCGGCAGGCCCGCUUGGGCCGUCGUCAAUGACGAUUCCGCCGCAGGGGUUCAUGCCGCCAGGCUUCCCGGAACCUGGAUUUGGGCCGUUCCCGCCCCACUUCGGCUACUACUUCCAGCCCCAGAACACAGGCACCGCCCCGACCUGGAACUCGGCUCCCCCCCGAAAGGACCCCCCCAACCCUCCCCUCCCCCCUGCCAAGCCCCAAAACCCCAAAGACGUCAGCAUCCAUCAUCACCAUCAUCAUCACCACCACACCCACCACCAUGACGCCAACCAACGUCAUCAUGACGCCUCGCCACGUCAUCACGACGGCCCGCCGGAGCGCCACCCCAAGCACAACCACCACAAGGUGUCCCACCCGCAGGCGACGCGGGCUGCGGACGCGCCAGGUGGCGAAUCGGGGUUGGCCGGGAGCAGCCGGCAGGAGAUUGCGCAGAGCAGGGCCGAGCAGGCGGGGAAAGUGGCGGCGCAUUUGGACCGGGCAGAGCACAUGGAGAAGCGCGAGUCCCAUAGGAUGGACGGUCUUGACACCAGUGGGGGCAGCGACAACCCCAACAGCAGCGGCGGCCAGAGCAACGCCAACAACACCAGCGGUGGCGGGUCCAACUUCGGCUCCAACGGCCGGAGUUCCGCCACUCCGGGGAGCGGAGCUACUACUGAGACCGGAACCGGAACCGGCGCUAGCGGAACGGGGGCUGAGGCAAAUCAGCAGACUCCCGCGCACGCCCCCCAGGCUGGCGCGAGUGAUAUGGCGCUCGACGGGAUGGAGGAAGUGGACCGGUCAGCAAGAAGGGAGGCGGCGCUGAACAAGUUCCGCCAGAAGAGAAAGGAACGGAACUUUGAGAAGAAGGUGCGGUACCAGAGCCGGAAGCGUCUGGCCGAGCAGCGGCCGCGGAUACGCGGGCAGUUCGUGCGGCAGGCGACGUUCCCCAACGCUGUACAGCAGUUUGUGCGCCCCGGGUCGCAGGGAGAGUCGUUAUAGCGGCGGCUUCGAAUACCACUGUAGGGUCGGGCUUUUGGUGCAGGUUUUUGGUGCUCGUCAAAAGUCGGAUGUAGAAAGAGACGAGCCGGUGUGACGGUUGGCUACCGUAGCUUAUUGUUUAGUGUUUGCUUAUUACAGCUUUCACUGCGUUGUUUUGUUGUAGAGGAUGUACCGAACACGUACUGUCGUCGCAGAUGUCUGUCGUGACACGGAUUAGCCUAUUGUCUUGAAAGGAAGGCGUCUCUGGCACAAUUCGUCGAGCGUCCCGUUUUAUCAAGCUCUUGAGAGGGCCUUCUUUAGCCACUGUUUUCGAAUCUUGCUGAG